AUGGUGGCGAUUCCUGAGCUUCCAGCGGACGCGCGUUUCGUUCGGGCUCUUCUCCAGAGUGAGGAGCUACUGCAGCAGCAGGCGAACUCUGUCUUUGCGCGCUGUGAUUUGAACAAGAAUGGGCAAAUUGAGCGAGAUGAGCUUCAGAUUCUGUGCGAGGCCAUGCAUCAAAGGAUAGGCCUGAAGAUGUUGGACCAGAUCGAAUUGGGCCGGCGCUUGGGUCGUUUUGAUGUUGACUUUAGUGGUGGCCUUGAUAGUGAAGAAUUUGUGAAGCUAUACAAGAACCUGCUUCAGGAUGCGGUGGGAGACGCAGAGCCGCAGCUCAGCCGUCGCCGCAGCCGCAGCCGACCCAAAGUCACGGAGCAGUCGCUGGAGCUGCCAUCGGAUCCCAGGUAUAUCCGCGCUCUCUUGAGCAGCGAGCACCUCUUGAAGCAGCAAGCCUUUGGUGUUUUUGUACAGCUGGAUUUGGAUGGGAACGGUCAAUUGGAUCGUGAUGAGCUGUUUGGGCUUUGCUUGGCCCUCCAUCGAAAGCUGGGAGUGAAACUGCCGGAUGAUGUUGCGGUGGGCUUGCAGUUGGCGAAGUAUGAUGAAGAUCUUAGUGGUGGUCUUGAUCGAAAUGAGUUUGUGAACCUCUACAAGCAGAUUCUGCAGGACAGUUUGGGCAGCUUGGCACUCGAGCGUCCAACGGCAAUAAAAGCAGGUGACGAGGUGUUGGCACCAUAUCUAGGAGAGGAUAGCAGCCGCCGCUACCAUGCCUUAGUGACCGGCAUCACCGAGGCCAGCGGUCAACGUUUUGUGUGCCUGCGCUGGCUGCGGCCGCCAGGUGGCCAACGCCCAAAGGAAUACGUUUCUGGGCACGGCCUGGAUGACACCGAAUGCACUCGAGUGCCUAUGGAGCUGGUGCUACCGAAGGCGGCGGCUACGGUGGAAGAGGCUGUUCGGCAGGCGGCUUUGGGGUUUGGAGUACCCGGGGAGUUUCCUGUUUGCCAUCCCGAGACAUCCAAGGAGACCGGGGACUUGAGCGGUACUUCACCUCUCAACCGACAGGUGACUGAGCUGGACUGGCCGACCUGGGGACCCAUGCCGAUGGCCAUGCCACAUUUGGCAGGUGUGUCUCAUCCAUCAUCACUUCCUCCGGGGCCCAAGCAGCACCAGGAGCAGUGGCCACAGGCGAUCUCCGCUGUGGAUUCAUCAGCUGUUGAAAAACUGCCCUGGGGGAUCUCAGACGAUGGCCAUGGGAAACCAUGGGAAACCAUGGUGGAAAUGCCACCGACCCUGCAGAUCUCAUCACCUACGGAAGCGCCAGCGCUUCCAGCUGCACAGGCUCCAAAGUCCGAAGAAGCACAAGGUGAACAAGAUGUACCCUCCGACUGGCGAAACAAGACCACCGUCAUGCUGCGCAACCUGCCGAACAAGUACAGCCAACAGAUGCUUCUUGAAGAGCUCAACACGUCUGGCUUUUUGGGAACCUUUGACUUCCUGUACUUGCCGAUUGAUCCUGAAACCAAUGCGAACCGCGGCUACUGUUUCAUCAAUUUCACGGAUCCGAACUUUGCCUGGACGUUGAAGCUUGCCUAUGAGGGACGAAAGAUGGGAAGGCAUGGUGUUUACAGGGAAAGGUUGCCUUGA